UUGUUAGGGACGCUCUGGAAAUCUCUGUCCCAACUCUUAAAGUCGUCUCCCUGUUUUCCUAAAAGAGGCCAAACAGAAGCCUGCUCUGUGAAGUCUUUGUACAUCGACUUCAGGAAGGAUCUGGGCUGGAAGUGGAUACACGAGCCCAAAGGCUACUUCGCCAACUACUGCAUGGGGUCCUGCACCUACAUCUGGAAUACGGAAAACAAAUACUCUCAGAUUUUGGCUCUGUAUCAGCAUCACAACCCCGGAGCGUCCGCCCAGCCCUGCUGCGUUCCCCAGGCCCUGCACUCGCUGACCAUCAUCUACUACGUGGGCCGGCAGCACAAGGUGGAAAACCUCUCCAACAUGAUAGUGUCGUCCUGCAAGUGUAGCUAA